AACGUGCUGUGGUUUGCAUGAACUCCUGACGAUAACUGCAAAUGACACACUUAUAACAUCGAAUUUUGCGCAAGUCAUAUUGCUGCUGUUCAUUGUUUCCCGGGUGACAAUAUAAACAUUUCCCCUUUAGCAGUUUCAGGUGAAUGUUGUCGUCGCACUGAAACUGUAACCUGAUCCCGCUCCGCCCCCAACCUUCUCCUGGGCACAGGAACCCAGCUGCUCGUUCCUGCGCGUUCACAAUUCACAUGGAUUCUGUCUAACAUGCAAGUUAUGGAACCCAUAACGAAGUGGUCUCCGACUCAAGUUGUCGAUUGGAUGAAAGGGCUGGACGACAACCUUCAGCAGUACGUCCGUGGCUUUGAGCUGGAAAAGAUAAACGGCGAGCAGCUGCUGAAGAUCUCGCACCCUGACCUGGAGGAGCUGGGAGUCGCCAGGAUCGGCCACCAGGAGCUCGUGCUGGAAGCUGUGGACCUGCUGUGCGCUCUGAACUAUGGAGUAGAGACGGACAACCUGAAGAAUCUGGUUGCGCGGAUGCGGGCAUCUUCCAACAACCUCCACAACUGUGCGUGGGAGCGCAGGAAGAACCCUUCCUAUGAGGGGGUGACCUCUGGCAAGCCACCCAAUGAGUUCCUCACCUCUGUGGUGGAGCUGAUUGGAGCAGCAAAGAGCCUGCUCGCCUGGCUGGAUAGAACUCCUCUGACCGGCAUUAGCGACUUCACCGCUACCAAGAACAAAAUUAUUCAGCUAUGUCUGGAACUGACAACCACAGUUCAACAGGACUGCACUGUGUACGAGAUGGAGGAAAAGAUCCUGGAUGUUUCAAAGGUUUUGAGCAGCAUCUGCGACCAGACUGUGAGAAUCACCUCUGACCCCAUGAUGAGCCAGCCAGCCUGUCUGGAGGAGGUGCAGAUCCAGGACGUCAAGGCUGGGGAGGGACUGGGCAUGUACAUAAAAUCCACUUACGACGGGCUACACAUCAUCACGGGCACUACUGAACAUUCUCCAGCGGACAGAACUCACAAGAUCCACGCCGGGGACGAGGUCAUUCAGGUCAACAAGCAGACAGUGGUGGGCUGGCAGCUGAAGAACUUGGUGGGAAAGCUGAGGGAAGACCCUUUGGGUGUGGUGCUAGUCCUGAAGAAGAGGCCCACUGGUACCUCCAGCUUUGCCCCGGCCCCCCUGAAAAACAUGCGCUGGAAGCCCCCCCUAGUGCAGAGCGCCCCCUGUAUGCCCAAAGCCCAGUCUCCGGAAAGCUUGAUGGACUCCUCCAAGAAGGAGAAGCCCGCCAUCUUGGACCUGUACAUCCCCCCUCCUCCUGCUAUGCCCUACAUGCCCAGAGAUGGAAAGGCGAGCAUGUGCUCUGGCGCCAGCAGGAGGCAGAAGGGCUCGGAGUCGCCCAACUCCUUCCUGGACCUGGAGAGCCGACGGCGCUUCACCAUCGCGGACUACGAGAACAAGCUGACAGUCCACCCCAUCGAGGUCAACGUGCUGCAGCCACGCCUGAGGGAGCAGACCUCCUCUCGCGCUAAGCCCCGCCCCCUGUCCAUGCCAGUGGAUACCUGCAUAAGCAUCACAGACCCAUAUUCCAGGCCCUGGUUGCAAGGAAGGAAAGGGGAGGACGGCCUGCACAGAUACCUGAGCAGCGAGCGCAUUCCCGCCAUCGCAGAGGAAGCCCCGCCCUUCCAGCCCCCUUACAGGCCGACGUCGCGGGGGGCGGACCACAUCCGGGGCAGCCGCUGCCUGGUCGACCUGCACAACAGCGCCACCAUCCCCUACCAGGAGGACUGCGGCAAAAAGAACACCCCCGCCCCGGCCUCCAAGCCACCAGCAGCAGAAACCUCGGUCCUCGGCAACUUGAUCAGCCGCCUGAAGCUGCUGACCCAUUAGCAUGCGGCUCGUGCUGGGUCACCCGCUCGUCGUCUCCCCCACGCUCGGUGCCUCUUUUCUCCCGCACCCCCCUCCCCGGCAGUCUGGCACAGCAAGUGCCAGACCUCACUCGGACUCCAAGCCGAGCCGGGUUGUUCCGUUAGAACCCUUCGCCGCAUUUCAGCUCCUUUUUGGAGCGCUGUCCGGGUCCCACAGAAGCCCCUUUGUGAAGACGGUGGAAGAGUCGGUGAAUAAAGUCACUGUUCUACGGGUUAUGCAAGGCGCGGAGGGCGCUAUUGGAGGCAGCGGUAGCUCUGCCACGUCUUAUUUUUCACUUCUCCAAACGGAAAAGGAAAGAAUUAUUCAGGUUCUAGAAACACUUGCCUUAUUUUCUGGGAAUAAACUGUCUUAUGUGUGACGUUUAAGUUAUUAGUUUUUUUUUGUCGUUUUUUUUGGUUGAAAACUUCUCUGUACAGUCGUUUUGAUUUUGACAUGCCAAAGUAUUGGGACCCGUUUCAAUUAUUCCUCCCCAUGCUAUGCAUUUCUUAGUAAAUGUACCUCAAGCAAAGUUAACACUAGAAUGAAAAAAAGAGUUUUUUUCUAUUUCAGAUAGAGUUGUGUAUUUCAUGUUGUUUACCUGUUAGAUUUUGUUGAUAAUGCACACACUGCCAGUGGUGGCCUCUUGUCAGCUAUGCAGUUAGGAUGCCUUUAUGCAGUACUGUUACACACGAUGCUUUUACCCUGAACCUUACAUGUGACGGAAUCCAUUUUGUGGUCCUGGUCACCCUGUCGUAGGUUGGUGCACAGCGGUCAGGUCAUGGCGUUAUCAGCCCAGUUCUCUCUGGACUCAGACAGAUCUUCCUUCAGCCUGUGUCCUCACCCACUGUGUCUAAGAGCUGUGCUGCUCCCAGCGUCAUUUGUUUCAGAUAACCAGCAGGGGGGAGGAAACGGCACUGUGCCUUCAUUACUGUCAAUUGAGUAUGCAAGCACAUACACACACACACACACACGCACACACACGCAUAGAUGCACCUACCAGCUAACUCUCAUAACGUUUCAGAAACGUUGAGAGAUUGUUACGUUUGUUUGAGCUGUUUGUAGCAGACUAGCCUUGUAAACCUCAGGGGUUGUUGGCCUCCCUAGGAACCGUGGGACAGAUCGCCCUGUUAAACACGCAGAUCGAGGCCACGGAUAGCUUGACGUUGAGUCUUACAAGAGUACAGUAUUAAAUAUUCAUAUUGAGAAAAGUGUACGUUAAUGUGUUGUAUCACAACUGCCUUUGUAAUGCUGUUGAAAAUAGUAUAUUAAAAUAAAAGUGCAAUUGAUUCAA